AUGGCCAUCUCGUCCACGAAUUUAGCCGUCUUUUUGUCGUUUCAUGCCUACAACAGCGCCGGAAACGGUGUUCAGAAUUAUCGACUUGGGCGUUGUACCUCGAGAAUGUUAAUGAAAAAAUUGCUAUUAGUUUCAUCUAAAGGCUUACGUGAACAACAAUGGAUAUUUCCUAGUGAUACAUUGGCUGGACUUCAAGAGAAUAAAGAUACGUAUAUGAUUCUGGUGCCAACGAUCGUCGCACUUGAACAAUAUUGGAAGAAACUGCCAAUGGGACCAUUAACUCGGCAACAGAUGCAAUACAUCAACAUGAAAUUCAAAGAAAAUGCAGUUCAAGCUCUUAAAGCUAUUUAG